UCUUGUUCCUGUCAUCUUACUGCUUGUGACACCUGAAGCAACUACUUCAUGGUGGUAUAUGGGAGCUGUUGGAUCCUCUUCAACUUCUUCCCGAGUAAUGUGCAAUAAUGUUCCAGGUUUGGUGACCCGCCAGAGGCAGCUUUGUCAACGUUAUCCUGAAAUUAUGCAUGUGAUUGGUUUGGGAGUGCACGAGUGGACAUCAGAAUGUCAGCAUCAAUUUCGACAUCACCGAUGGAACUGCAACACACACGAAAGAGACCAGAGCUUAUUUGGAAAACUCAUUUUACGCAGUAGUCGAGAAUCGGCUUUUGUUUAUGCCAUCUCUUCUGCUGGAGUUGUUUUUGCUAUUACUAGGGCAUGCAGUCAAGGAGAGUUGAAGUCCUGCUCAUGUGAUCCCAAUAAAAAAGGUUAUUUUAAAGAUAUCAGAGGCAGCUUUGACUGGGGUGGCUGCAGUGAUAACAUAGACUAUGGUAUCAAGUUUGCUAGAGCAUUUGUAGAUGCGAAAGAAAGAAAAGGAAAAGAUGCCAGAGCUUUGAUGAACCUUCAUAACAACAGAGCUGGAAGAAAGGCUGUUAAGAGGUUCAUGACACAAGAAUGCAAAUGCCAUGGAGUAAGUGGCUCAUGUACUUUAAGGACAUGCUGGCUAACUAUGGGGGAUUUUCGAAAAUCGGGAGACUUCCUUCGUAAAAAAUAUAAUGGGGCUAUACAAGUUGUUAUGAAUCAAGAUGGAACAGGCUUUACUGUGGCAAAUAAAAGAUUUAAGAAGCCUACUACCAAUGAUCUAGUGUACUUUGAGAAUUCACCUGACUACUGUAUCAGAGACAGGGAUGCUGGUUCAUUUGGAACAGCCGGCAGAAUAUGCAACCAGUCAUCCCGUGGCAUGGAUAGCUGUGAGGUCAUGUGCUGUGGAAGAGGAUACGAUACCGCCCGGGUUACUAAAAUGGUAAAGUGUGAAUGUAAAUUUCACUGGUGCUGUGCUGUGCGCUGUAAAGACUGCCUUGAGACUGUGGACGUGUACACAUGUAAAGCUGCCAGAGAUGCAGUCUGGAGGGAGAAAAUGUAGACACCCUGGCCACUAUUCUACCUGCUCUGAAGGGCGCAUAUGCUGUAAAUGACUGUGGAUUGA